AUGGAGGAACAGACCCAGGGUGAGGAUUCCAAAAUUUAUGCCCUCUUCAGAGUUCCUGAGGCCGAUGUUGCAGCGUUUGCUGCUCUUAGCGGGCGCGAUGGGUUUUUCAUCGACCCUCCGAGGUGGACGACUUUUCCUGCAUUUUCUGUCCAGUGGGCAGAGAAAGAGGCCAAGGAGACAGACCUUGAAUUCCUCCAGCGUGUUCGUGCCGUUGAGUCCAAGUUCGGGGUUGUUGUUGGGCGUCGAGGGUUGGGAAAGCGCAUUGCCAGGGAUGCAAAUCAGGCGAUUCCGCGCACCUGGUUGCUUGAACAUGCCCCAUAUGAGUGGGGAUCAGUGCAGGCGACGAAAGCAGUCUCGACCAUUUUUGAGAAUGUCACCAUGCUGCGUCAACAGCGGACGAGGAAAGGUGUAAAUUUUUUCUUUAGGGCCGAGCAUGCUACAGAACACGAUGUCAUAGCACUUCCGUUCGAAGACGGAGAUAUGCUUUGGUGUAGGUGGGCACCAGUGCGAGCCAAACCGCAGGCCCAAACCAUACGAACGAAUGGCUCAUGGUCCCUUCUCCCCCCUCGCGAUCCCUUUGCCGAAACCAGCAAGGUCGCUCAAGAUGUGUCCCAGGAUGAUGCUGAGGAGGUGCCUGCCAAUGAUGCAUCCAUGGAGGCAUCCUCUAAGCAGGCACCGUCGGAGGGAAAGGAGGCAAAGCGAGAGUCUACCAGCAAGGGCAAAGGUGUGGCCAAGCGAGUUUGCACCGAAACACGGGAUUUGCCUAAAGGGGUUGAGCAACAGCCGGCGCCCACUGAUGGGAGCUGUUUGUUCCAUGCAGCCUCUGCCGCCAUUGCUCACAUUCUCAAGUGCGAGCCUGAGGCGCACAGUGUGCUACGUGCCAAGGUUGUGCAACAUUUCAAGAAAAACUCCUCCCGAUAUGAGGCCAUGUGGGAUAAGGAGCUCCCGGACCGUUCUCAGGGCAACAGUUUUCAGGAUUACAUCUCGGCCGUUGCAGUUGUUGAUAACUGGGCUGGGCCCAUGGAGCUCGCUGCCUUGGGUCGGAUUUAUGACAUCAAGUUUGUGAUCUACCCGAGGUCUCCGGAUUUGGAGGUGUGUGUGCUGUUCAUGUCAACCAACGGAAGCGGGUCGCUGCCCUUGCUUUCACAGGAAGCCACUAUGAAUGGCUCAAGCCUGUCAACAAGCUCCCUCAGGAGUUGUGCGAUGUCACCACCCCUCCACCCCAGGUCUCAAUGCGAGGCGACGCCCUCACCCAUGCCAAGAGAGGCCCACUACAAGAAUACCCCGAAAGGGCCCGCCAAAACGAGAGAGAGCGAUCUGCUCCGUACUGCCAUUACGAUUUUCAGCUUGCCGCUUUCAUCCGCAUAG